ACGCGUACCAGUGUUCCGUACAGAAAACAAUUGUUUAAUAUAAACAAAAUGCUGAUCACUGAACUUUAGUGAUUUUUAAAUAAUUUGAUUGAAAUAUAGUAAAUAUUGACUACUAGUGGACUUUAAAUAUAUAAUGGAUGAUGGAACAGUUGAUAUAGAUCCCGAUUUAACCUCUACUAUUGGUGAUGUACUGUUAUCCACGAAAAAUGAUAAAACAGACGCCAAUGACUCUACACCAACUUCUUCAACUGACGCUGCUUCAAGUUUUCCAGGAACUUCUUUAACCGUUUCAGAAGAUCCUAUUAGCAGCACAUCAUCAGAUGUAAUGGAAAGAGAUAAACUCCCAAAUAUCAAAAAUGAAAAUAAUGAAACAGAUACAGUUGCUUCUAAGAAUUUGUUAGGUGCCGAUGGAGAUGUUGAUUUGUUAGAUAUGAAUAUACCAAAUGUCUCUUCUGAGUUGAUAAGUGAAGAUGUAGAAGAUAUUGUUCAAGAUUUGGAGAAUUUAUUGGGAGAACCAGAACCUCAUCAUGAUUUCCCCACUAGGAGAAAAGAGAAAAGUCCUUUUGAAGAAACAGAAUUACUGGCUUCUCUGGAUGAUCAACUCAGUAAAAAUGUCGAUUCCAAUUUAUGUCCCACUACAUCCAAUACACAAUUGCCAGAGAAAAUCGAAAUAGUUGAAGAAAUUGAGUCUAAAAAUGAUGAAACGUCUGUAACAGGGGAAAGUGAAAUAAGAGAAAAUUCAAUUCUUAUAGAACAAACGGCAUCAGAAGAACAACUUGUAAUCCUUGAAAUUCCUCAUAAAGAAGAAAAACCUGAAAUUAUCGACGAGGUUAACUGUCGAUCAGAUAAAUUGGAAGUGGCGCCAUCUGGUCAAUCAGAGGAACAAACUGAGACUGACACGCCACAGGCUGAAGCUACAAAAGAAACACCAGAAAAUAAACCUGAGGAGAAUGAAGUCAAUACAGUUUCAUCUUCAGAAAUUGUUACACUUUCUCAAGUUCCUUCACAUUCAAUCGAAGAGAACAUUGAAGGUAAUGCAAUGGAAGAAACAGAAGAAACGGGACAAUCCAAGGAUUUGCUGAAACUCACAGGAGAUGAUGAUAUAGGGAGUACAGAAAAAACAAACAAUGAUUCACAAAAUCUGCAGUCAAAUGAGGAAGACCAGGAUAAAAUUUCUAAAGACCUGGAUUCAGAAGGGGUUAUAUCAACUCCUCAAAAAAUUGAAAAUGCUGAUUCAGUAUGCGAAAAGUCUCUUGAAACAAGUGAAGGGGUAGUCAUUUCUGAACUAGUCAGUGAGGAUGACAAAGAUGCUGAACUAGUGGAAACUGAAAAUUUUGAAGGACUUCAAUAUUUCAUUACUGAUCCAUCAGAAGAAGUUGUUCCUUCUGAUCCUUCAGCUGAAAUUCUUAUAACUGCAACUGAAGUAAUUGAUAGUCCAAUUGAAAUAAUCGAUGCUUCAACAUCUUUCGUUGAUGAAUUAAUCUGUGAUCAAAAUCCUGAUCUGACACCCUCAAGUGAGGAAAUUAUUCGAGAGACUGCAGAUAGCCUGCCUGAAAUGACAGAUACUUCUGUAGUUACCACAGAUUUGAAUAAGGACAUCCUAAAAACUGACAUAGAAUGUGAUGUAAAUGUGACAUCUUCGUCUAAUCUUGAAGAAUUGGAAAUUAACGAAUGUAGCACUACUAAAAGUCCAAAGGAAAGUAGUGAAGCCAAUCCAGAGGUAUUUAAUGAAAUAUCUGAAUGUGAACAACUUGUUGAGCCUGAGGAUUCAGAUAUAGUUUUGAAUGACCAAAAUGUUGUAAAUGAAGAAAUAAGUGUUCACAUUCAAACAAAUACUGGUGGAGAAAAAACUGACUCUGGAAUAGAACCAGUGAAGCAAAUAAUUGAACAAGUAAAUCUAACUUCAUCAGAUGAAUCUAUUGCGAUAGUAGAAAAUUCAGGAAGUGAUAGUACAGAUACAGUUUCUGAAGAAAAAUCAGAAAAUCUUUCAGAUAACAUAAAACACUCCGUCAUUGAGCAUCAAGUAACAUGUGAAGAAUCUUCAACACCUGACGAUCUAGAACAAAAAUCAUUGCCGUCCCUUGAAAUUGUCCCUUCAGAAGAAACAGCCAUCGAGACAGAAUGUGUUGAAACCAUUGGAAAUGAACCUGAAAAUCUCGAACAUUUAACAGAAGUGAAGGAAGUAAAAUUGGAAACUCCAUCAGAUGAAAGUGGGGUUGAAGAACAAGUAAUUGUGAAGGAAGAUAUAUCGACUGUAGAAAUAGCAACAACUGACAUUACAUCAUCAACCAAUCAAAUUACUGAGUCAAUAGAAGAAAAAUUAGCAGCUAUUCCGAAACAGGAACUGUCCAAAGAAAAUUUGGAGCUCCAAACAAGAGAUCAUGAGAUUGUGAAAGAAGUUGAAGCUGAAGAUAUUUUGGGGAUAACUGAAAAAUAUAACAUUCAGUCUCCCCCAGAUGGAACAUUAAACAAGGAAGAAACAAUUGAGCAAGAAAGUACUUCAAAAUCAGAAAUGAUUUCUGUAACAAAUUAUGCUUCCUCAGAUUGUAAAGAUGAUGAAAAUAAAGAAAUUGUUUCUUCUGUGGCAGAAGAACGGGACAAGGGUGAAGAAAGAACGGUUACAGAAGACAUUUCAGGAAUAGAAGAUGAAGUAAGGGCUGAGAUUGAACAAAAACAAGAAAGUUCAAUCCAAGAAAAUGUGCCAUUUGCUGAGGAAACUAUUAUUGAAAUAUUUGGAGAAGAUGAUAACACAGAGUCAACUGGACCAGUUGAAGAAAAUGUUGAAAUAUCUUGCUCAAUUAUGUCGCAAGAAAACAUCAACUCAGCUUUCCCUAAAGACACCUCGGAAACAUCGCUAAAUUCUGAAAGAAAUUUACCUGAUCAAAUCAAUGCAGAUUUUUCAAAUAAAGUUUCUUGUUCAAUCUCGGAACAAAAUAUGGUCCAAGGUGAAGUAGAAAAUAUACAAUCAUCAGAAACAAAAAACAAACAAAAAACAGAGGAUGUAGAGAAUUCCAGUGUAGAAAAAUUGGUGCCUGUAAAUGAAGAAAUUUGCAUUGAAAAAGUAAUUAUUUAUGAACAUGACUGUGAUUCCCAUCAGGCUACUCAUAGUAAUAUUCAAAUUGAACAUGAACAAGAGGAAAGUAAUACUGAAGAGAUCAAUGAAAAAAUGGAUGAGGAAUCUGAAGCAGUUACAAUCUUGAGAAUUGAAGCUCUUGAAGGUGAAAUAAUACAAGCUGAAGAAGACUCUUCGAAUUUUGCACAACAUCAAACUGAAAAUAUUCCAGUCCAAAAAAGUGAUGUUGCUGUUGAAGAAAUAACUCAAACUCCAGUAGACUCAUCGAAUUCUCCUCAGCAUCAAUUAGGUUAUCAUUCUGAGAAUCCUCCAGUCCAAAACACUGACGUGGUUGUUAAUGAAGCUAUUCAAUCUCAAAUAGACUUAUUGAUUUCUGCAGAAGAGAGUACUCAGUCGGAUAAUCCUCCAGUCAAAACUACUGAAGUGGAUGUUGAUGAAGCUAUUCAGUCUCAUGUAGACUCAUCCAUUUCUACACAACAGCAAUCGAGAGGUCAAUCUGAGAAUGCUCCAGUCCAAAAAACUGAAGUAGUUGUUGAUGAAGCUAUUCAAUCUCAAGUAGAUUCAUCGAAUUCUGCCCAGCAGCAAUCAAGUGGUCAACCUGAGAAUACUCCAGAGACUGAAUUGGUUGUUGAUGAAGCUAUUCAAUCCCAAGUAGACUCAUCGAAUCCUACACAAGAGCAAACAAGUAGUCAAUCUGAGGAUACUCCAGUUCAAAAAACUGAAGAAGUUGUUGAGGAAGCUAUUCAAUCCCAAGUGGACUCGUCGAAUUUGACACAUCAGCAUUCAAGUGGUCAAUCUGAUAAUACUCCAGUAGAAAAAACUGAAGUGGUUGUUGAGGAAGCUAUUCAAUGUCAAGUAGACUCAUCAAAUUCUACACAAGAGCAAACAAGUGGUCAAUCUGAGGAUACUCCUGUUCAAAAAACUGAAGAAGUUGUUGAGGAAGCUAUUCAAUCCCAAGUAGACUCGUCGAAUUUGACACAGCAGCAUUCAAGUGGUCAAUCUGACAAUACUCCAGUACAAAAAACUGAAGUGGUUGUUGAGGAAGCUAUUCAAUGUCAAGUAGACUCCUCGAAUUCUACACAACAGCUAUCAAAUGUUGAUUCUGAGAAUCCUCCAAACCAAACAGCUGAAGUUUUUGAUGAAGUAAAUCAACAUUCAGUAGAAUCAUCACUUCAUGAUCAAAAUAAUUCAACUGCUGAAAGUCAAAAUAGCCCCCUCCAACUAAUCGCAGAACUUCCUGAUGAAGAAAUUCAACCUCCAAUAGAUUCUUCAGUAUCUGAGAAAGAACAACUAUCAGAUGAAAUUGUAGAGCAGUCCCUGGACACUUCAGAACCGUCUCCUUUAGAGGAUGCGAAAAUUGAUGAGAUUGUUGAGGAAAUCGAAGAGAAUUCAGAUAUGAACGAACAAAAGGAAUCAGCGGUUGUCGAAUCCAUUAUAUCCAAAGAAAACGAAAAUCUCAAUCAAACACAAGAUGUUUCCAGUUCAGACCAGCAGAGUAUUCGGAACAUAGCCGAAGAAACAGGCGAAUCAGAGACGUGUCAACCAAAUUCCACCAUUUCAAUAGAACAAGCCGCUGAAGAAUCCAGUAGCGGCGCAGUUCCCGAACAAACAAUGGAAGAUCAAACAUCGGCAGCUGUACAAUCAAUUUUGGAAAAUAUGUUGACUGAAGAAAAACAUAUAGAGAAGGUAAUAGAGAAAGAGGAAACGCCAGUUGUUCAUUCUAGUUAUUCUUCAUAUGAAGUUCAAAAAGCUGUUCAAGAAAUACAAUGUAUAACACAAAUAGAGGAAGUUGUUGAAAUGCCUCCUGAAGACAUUGAAGGCAUUUCAAGUUCAGAAAAACCGUGCAAUUCUGAAACAAUUAAAUAUGAAAGUGGCAGCUUCGAGGCAAUGAAUGUUCAACCUGACAUUCCAGAGAGUAAAAUAACGGAAGAAUUCACUAAUCUGGAACCGGAAAAUACUUCGGCGAUCGGAAACAUCGAAUCAGUUGUAUCGGAAGAGGUAUCUGAUGAAAAAGUUGAAACAAUUCAAGAAAUAGUAGGUGACCUUGAAAAUAAUCAGGAAUCCGUCACGCAGUCAUCUAUUUCUGAUCAAGAUCAAACUCGUCAUGCUGUAGAGAGAAUAGAGCAACAGUCACCUAUUCAAUCUAAGGAAGAGUCUUCUUCGGAGACAAUGCAACGCAGCGAACCAGUUGUUAUACCUUCUCUGGAUCUGAGUGAGGAAUCAUCUAGUGAAGAGUGUUCGGAUGAGGAUAAGAAACAGAAUUUAGUUUCAUCAAGUACUUACGAUCAUAAGGACAUGAAAAUUAUAUCGAAAAACGUAUUAAAGGUUGAAAAGGUCCUAUCGAAGGUCGAAUCCAAAAAACACUCUCCUAGAGAAAUCCGACAUAGCAGCAGAAUAAGCGAAAAAAUCAAACCACAAAGCUUGAGGGAAGAUAUGGAUCAGCCGCUAUCGGUGAAUAUAGACGAAGUUGAGAGAGAAAAGCCGUACAGUCCUAAAAUAACAAUAAAACCUAUAAAAGAAGAUGAACCGAAUGAAGACAAAGAGGAGCAUAAAGGUUCUUUGAAAAUAACCAUUACUAAACAAUCCGACAAUACACAUUCAAUCCUCAAAAUGUGCAGUCCGGAUUUCGAACAUCGAUUGAAACAGUCUGAAAAUGACGAACAAAACGUGGUCCCAAAGUUGGUCAUCAAAACAUCAGAUACCCAUUCCGAUCAGCAUAGUCCCAAGAUGUCGACUAGAAGUUCUAAACAAGCCUUACCGACGAAUUCUAACAUAAGAUCGGGAAGUCCGAGAAUCACUAUAAAACCUAUAGUUAAACCCGAAACUAAAGAAACUGUUACGAGUCCAUUGAAAAUUACAAUCAAACCAAUAGGUAAGCCGGAAGAGUUUUCUCGACAGCAGCAAAGACAUAGUCCAAAACAAAGCAAGAAUAAAACAGAUGAUGAUCAUUAUAGCACUCGAAGCAAGAUUAUGAAAUCGUCUGAAAAUUCGGAUGUGCACAGUCCGAAAGUCACAAUAAAACCAGUGAAACCUCCAGAAGAGUCAGAAAUGAUGUCAACGCCAAAAAUAACCAUCAAACCAAUAGAAAAACCUGAAGAAGCUAGAGUUAGCCCAAAGAUCACUAUCAAACCCGUACUGAGACCUGUUGAAUUAGAAACAGAGGUGGAGGAUGAAGUGAAGGAAAGAAUAGUUCUGAAAAUCAACAAAGGUAAUCUUCCCUCUAAAGACGCAGAAAGAAUAAGUAGAGAGUCUAGAAAACGAGAACUAGAGGAAGAUAAAUCGGAAAAACUGGCAAAGAUAAAAUUGAAGUUUUCCAAGGAUGGAGAUGCGCACAUUGUCCACAAAAAAGAGACAGAUACACAGUCUUUCAACAAGAGACAGCACGAUUAUGAGAUAGAGAGAUCCAAACGAUUCAAGGCUGAUGCGACAGACAGCGAUGAAGAUGUUAAGCUCAUAGAAACAAGGCAAUCUCCCAUUGUGAUUAGUGAGGAUUCUCAAUCUCAAGACAGUGUUAUCAUUAUUGAAGAUGCAAAAGAUCCAUUGGCCGAUGUUGUAAUACCUAAACCUCAGGUAACACCCCCGGUUAGUGCUCCAAGAAAACGUGGAAGACCACGGAAAGUGCCGUUAGUUGUCAGAGAGGAGUUUCUGAAUGAACCAAAAGUGAUCCAACCCACAGCUACUCCCAUUUCUGUUCUGACCCCAGAGCAGCCCGCCGAGACCGAAAGCACAGGUAGACCGAAGAGAAGUUGUCGAGCUCAAUCAGUGCGAGAUACGUUAGGGAUUAAACCGAGAAAGCCUUCCAAACCUCGUGGUGGUAAAAGGGGCGCAGGAGCUAAAUCAAUCUCAUUUAAACCUGAGAAGGAAUCUGGGUUCAGUGAAGGGAAAAUCGAUGCACUCAAAAAAAGUUUGUUGACUGAUAACGCUGUACAGGCUGCACACUGCUCUGGCAUUCUGAAAGUUCCUUGUGAAAGCUCUCCAAAGAAGGAAGUGAUUGUGAAGGAAGAACCGAUCAAGCCGAUAGGAUUGAAGAGCCUCCUGGAAGCUGCAAUAGAUCAGAAUAUAAUCGAAGUGAUAGAAAUCGACACACCAAGUAAUUCGCCUAAAUCAGUCGUCGAUAAAAUUGAAGAAGAAUGCGUUGUCGAUGAAGAUGCUUCGGUGAAGAUCGAUAAAAGCAUCAAUUUGUCCCAUAAUAUUACCGGAAUCAAAGAUUUCGGGAUUCAAAAGGUGUCGGAUUUGAGGGACGAUGCAGAUUGUAACAAGGAGCCUUCUGACUUCGGCGGAACAGACGCGGUGGCAUCUGACGUUGAGAUGCAGCCUCCAACUCCCGUUUUCGCUCCACCUCUGAGCGAGACUUCAGCUAUCGAUAUUAACAGCACGACUGAUAUAGCUAUGUUUGAAGAAGAAACUAGAAUGAGUGCUGAUGCCAGUAGCCGGGCACAAACUCCAGCAAAACAGGUUGUAUCCUCGGACGUUGUGGUAGAAGAAUCACAGAGCUCAAUUCAAAGUACAGCGACUACAGAAAGCGGAAAAAUCAGUAGGAGAAGUCGCCUGGAGGUUCAUCAGGACCAGGAUGGAUCCGUUUUUACCGCUGAUCAAUUAAACGAGUACUAUUGGGGUGGUAAUGGGCCUUUCAUGAUUCAAGAGCAGGUAGCCCAAUUUUUGGGUAUUAAGUCCUUCAAAAGAAAAUAUCCCGGUAUUCCGAGAAGAAUGGUGGACAUGCAGGAAAGGGAUUAUAUAAGGGAAAACGGACUAGCUUCGGAAUCGAUGUGCGAUUUAGGGCUAACUGCUGUCAAUAGUGCAGAUAUUUUGGAUAUCAUGUACACGGAUUUCCAGGACAAGUACGAGGAGUUUUGUAGAUUCCAGAGGGAUAAACAGGCUAAAGAUUUGUUGAAUAAGCAGAAAGCGUUGUCGUUGGCUGCCAAUCAAGAGAAGAGCAAGAUGGACAUCUUAGAACAGGCUGUCCAAUCUGCUGCGGCCUACAAUGCAAACUUCAAUAAAACUAGAAGGGAACAAAGAAGAGCAUGUAUGGAUCUACAAACAAUGAAUAUUCACUAUCCUAAAGGAAAGUUGAAGAAGAUAAAUUUGCCCAAAAUUGGACAUUAUCCGGUCGCUGUAGUACCUGGGCAAUUCACAGAUUAUUACAAGGAAUUCACACCUACUGAACUCAACAACCUCCCACUGAACACUAUGUUAUACAAUGAACUUUAUAAGAUCCUGCCUGAAAUGAGCGAUAGCGAUUCUGAGAGCUCGGGAUCCGAUAGUGACGAUUCCAGUUCUUCUGGCUCGGAAUCUAAUUCUUCAUGCGAAGAAAAUUGUAAAAUGUGUGACAAAAGUAGUAUUCAUAGUCCUAGAAAAUCACCACUUAACUCUAGUGUAUAAGCUGAAUUAAAUGGUUAAUGUUUUUUAUUCCUAAACUUGUACAUAAAAUAUUAUAGUAAUUAUACAUUAUCGACAGGUAUCUUAUCAGUAAUAUAUGGAUGACGGUCA